AUGGCAGGAAUAAAUAACUUUCGCCGCGAAAUCUACACAGUAGGGUGGUUAUGCGCCCUUCCGAUCGAGCUUGCCGCCGCCCGGAAGAUGCUCGACGACCACCACGGAAACAUCUCCCCCAAAGACGCCAACACCACCUACAUGCUUGGGCGUAUUGGGAAAUACAACGUUGCCAUUGCUUGUCUACCGAAAGGCCGCAUUGGGAGCACCACAGCUGCCACUGUUUUCACACACAUGAAAAUUGAAUUCCGGGCGAUCAAACACUGGUUGUUGGUAGGUGUGGGAGGCGGGGUACCGGGCCCGGGGGAUGUACGACUUGGAGACGUGGUGGUAAGCUACCCGACAGGAAGUUAUAGUGGAGUGGUGCAAUAUGAUUCAGGGAAAAGUUACCCGGAUGGAUUCGAGAGGACGGGAUAUCUUAACUCCCCAUCAACGGCUCUAUUAUCCGCUUUAACAACUCUCCAAGCGAAUUGGCUCUUAGGGGAGUCGAAACUUUUGGAAAAUGCUUCUAGGUUAGACAGCAUACCGGCCUUUGCACGGGGGAGAGCUGGCCCGGACAAUCUUUUCCGAGCUGACUAUCACCAUGUAAAAAGAAUUGGUGGCUCGAACGAGACCAAUGUUACCUGUGGAACCACUGGGAUCUGUAGCAAACAUAAAAUAAUCUCCAGGAAACGUCGAGAACCCCAAGAUGAAGUUAUCGUACACUACGGGACGAUAGCAUCAGGGUACCAGGUCAUCAAAGACAGCAAAAAGAGGGACGAGCUUAGCGCUUUAUUUGUCCCGGAUGGUGUUCUAUGCUUUGAGAUGGAAGCCGCCGGUCUAAUGAAUGACCUCCAAUGCCUCGUUAUCCGCGGUAUUUGUGACUACGCUGAUUCGCAUAAAAAUGAACGGUGGCAACCGUACGCAGCAGGGAUGGCAGCAGCCUAUGCCAGGGAGUUAGUUACUCUGAUACCCACAGAAGAGGCAGCUAGAGAGCUAGAGGUGCUGGGAGAGAGAGUCAUCAGUACUCCUAAAUCUCUAGUCUCUCGUUCCGAAACGUCGAAAGCUACACGACCAAGUUCUACAACAGCGAACCCAGCAAGUUCGAGCUCAGAUAUUACAUCAACUAUCACAGGGUCGAAAUUCAAUGGGCCCACCUACUUGUUCGUUGGUACUAAAGGAUCGAAUAUCACGGUAUCGAGUUCCGCGACACCAGAGACCACGACACCAAACCCCGAAGUAUCAAACAAACCGAAAUGCAAAAGGAGGCGAGGUUGGGUGGAGGAAGAGGAAGAGGAUGAGGAAGAUGACGGUUAUAGUAGUGACGACGAAGAAGGUGGUGAGGAAGGUCACUGGCAGGGGGAUAAAGAGUGCCGACUAGGGCCUAAACGUUGUAAAUCUAGUAGUAGGUCAAGAUAUGAAGAAUCUCCUUCUUCAAGGGGCUGGCCCCGCUCCUACCGUCGGGGCCCCUCUCAAUCUCGAUAUUGGGAGGCUUAG